AUGGUUACGAAAGCUCUAGCACUGGUGAUUCUCGCUCUCGUGUCAGAUAUAGUGGGGCUGGAAGCUAGCCACUCCGGUCCGGGAGCGACACGAGUGGAGACUUCUGCGAAGGACGCAGCGGCAUCAUUACCAUACGUCAGAAUUGAAGCUGAACCAGCGGGUAACCCUCCUCAGCGAACUGCGGCUGUUCCAGCAGACCAUGACCCGCCUCCAAGGAUUGAGCUGCGGCCAUUGUCCCCCGAGGAGUUGCGGUCCCAGGGCGCGGACCGCACCGAGGCCCCUAAUGCCUGCUGGCACCGCCUCUCCAGCACUCUGGGUGAGUGUCGACCUCACAGGGAGUGCUACCCAUUGCUGCGUCUGCCCACCAUCUCGCCCCAGGACUCGUGGCUCUUCGGAAUCUACGACACCUGCCCUCUCAACUACCAGGGAAGUCUGGUGUUUGGGAUCUGUUGUGAGAAAAGUAAGGAUACCGCCAACGAAGCCUCUGACGUAUCUAACGAGGUCAGGUCGGCAGGACCAGAAGUGAACCGGGAGCCGGAAGUGAAUCGGUACAUGGCGGCGGAGGCGGAGGGUCCGGGACUGAUGGACCGAAGCCACGUGCAGUUCGUACCUCCGCGGGACACCAAUGCUGUCACUGCGGUGCCUUCCCUCAGGCUCCCAUGGAACCACUUAGGACUCACCCACCCGCCUUUCAUCACCCACCCGCCCGAACACACCAACAAACCCUGGUGGGUCUCUCAUGGGGUCACCACUCCAAGUACAACCACUCCCAGUGACCACUGGUUUAACCCCCCUGAAUACCCUACGACAACGCCUCGAACCUGGUGGACAACGACUCCCAGAUCCACGACUCCCAGAUCCACGACUCCCAGAUUCACGACCCGCAGAACUACGACCAAUCAUUGGUGGACGACCCCCAGUCAUCCUCCUACGACUACGAAACCGUGGUGGGACUGGCCACCAGCUGACGAUACCAUCGGUGCUCCUGCUCCGCCUGACUCAGACGUAAUCACUCAGCCACCUGUGCCAACUGCGCCCUCUGACCUCAACGAAGUGGAGAAGGAUCCCUGCACCCCUGGUACCUUCUACAACGCCGCUCCUGACGAAGGCUUCAGAAUCAGCGGAGGUCAGCCAGCCACCGCUCACUCGCACCCUUGGAUAGCAGUGAUAUUUAACAGGGAGAAGCAGUUCUGCGGAGGAUCUCUCAUAGAUAAGACCCACAUCCUGACGGCUGCUCACUGCGUUGCCCACAUGAGUCAGAUCGACAUCCAGAACCUGCGAGUGAGGAUUGGUGCGCACAACAUCAAGGCAUUUGAGAGAUCGACUCAAGAGUUCAAAGUCAGUAGAGUUGUCAGGCACAAGGACUACGACUCCAAGAGAUUGUACAACGACGUGGCGAUGCUGACCCUGGACCACCCCGCAGUGUACGACAGCAACGUACGACCCGUGUGUCUGGACCGCAGUGGGAAAGACUACGUCGGGGAGGAGGUCACCGUAGCAGGCUGGGGUAGCAUGUUCGAAGGAGGACCACAGCCCUCGACGCUCUAUAAAGUGAAGCUGACGGUGGUUAGCAACGAGGAGUGCAGAAGAAUGUAUGGAAGAGCAGCCCCGGGUGGCAUCAUCGAAUCCUACCUCUGUGCUGGGACCUUUGGCAAGGAUUCCUGUCAGGGUGACAGUGGCGGGCCUCUGGUGAAGUUCGUAGAUGGCCUGUGGAAGCAGGUUGGACUAGUGUCUUGGGGCAUCGGUUGUGGCAAGGGUCACUACCCCGGUGUUUACAGCAGGAUCAACUCCUUCAUCUCAUGGAUCGACCGGGUACGAGCGAACUACUGAAUAAGAGGAGCAGAAGCAAGAAACAGAAGAAAGGUUGUCUCCUUUACAUCCUUGUUGUCUUAGUCGUUCCCUGUCCUGGGUACCACAGACACACACACAACUUUCUCCUCCUCCUUCUUCUCUUUCUCCUCCUUCUUCCAUGAAAAUAGUAGCUACCUGAGGCUGGCAGCGCCCUUUGCCAGUGCGAAAAGGUGUUCCUUACGAAUUUACUCGUGAUCUGGCAUGGGUAAUGUUUACAAAUCAUACAGAUGAGGGUCACGUUUAAAGACGGAAAUGUACAGCCCUUCUAAACUGUUUUAUUUUUCUCUCACCAAGUGAGUUUUUUAUUACACUGUAAUACAUGUGUAAUGACUUUAAUAAUUUAGUACUGUUCUGCAAGAAAGCAAAUAAGCAUUAUUGGUUAUGCAGUAUACCCAAUUUAAUCCAAUUAAAUAACCUGAGAAUCAUUAAUGAUUUGAUCAUCAGCAAACUUCAGUGGUGAUAUUGCUGGAUAAAUUUGCGUGGGACAGUUUGCAUGGCAACAAUUCAUAAGCAGAUAAUAACAAAUGCGAGAUAAAACUUUAGACUACGUUUCAGUCUGUCUUGGACGAUAAUUAAGUCUGACAUGACACUGCAUGACUGAUCACAACGUUAUCUGAAGUGUCGACUAUGAUCGGGGAGUUGUAAACAUUGGUCUUCUUACAGACCUCAGACCAUUACUAUGUGCAAAUAUUAGAGCCUCUGACGAAAAUGUUUAUGAUAUAUUUCACAUUAGAAGGAAUUUGGGUUUUGAAUGUACUGUAGAGGGGUAAAAAGUAAUGAAUUAAAAUGAGAAACAUAGCACCAAAAUGACGUAGAUCACAAUAAGAGCAAUUUCACAAUCAGAGCACAGCACUGUAAAUUGAGUUGCUCUAUAUACCUUCUAAUUA